UGGACGUUAACUCCACCACUGUCUAGCAAUCUUAAGCCAGGGUUGCACACUCCACACAAAUAGCCAAAAGUUGAAGGUCCAAUCUUUCGGCCAUCCCUGACUCACCAAGCCCAUUGCUUUCACGGUUGCGUGCCACCCUAACCUCUGUCUCUUUCACUCGCUGAUUUGGCCUACAAUCUCUAGAUAUUUUUGUGGUCUGCCCUCAAAACACAGCUUUGAACUAGCUUCUUGCAUCAGGAUUUCAAGCCCUUUUGAGCUCACUCGACCACUCUGGCGAAGUAUGGAGCACAGUAGAUUCUACUACCAUGUUUCACUCAUCCUUUCCAUUUCAGGUUUGGUGUUUCCUGUCAUGGUGGGUUCUAUUGGGAUAAAUUAUGGUCAGAUUGCAAACAACCUUCCAACACCAGACAAUGUAAUCCCUUUAGUGAAAUCAAUUGGGGCAACAAAAGUGAAACUUUACGAUGCAGAUCCAAGAGUGCUUAAAGCAUUUGCUAAUACAGGGGUGGAAUUCAUAGUUGGUCUUGGAAAUGAGUAUUUGUCAAAGAUGAGAGAUCCAGAUAAAGCACAAGCUUGGGUAAAAGCAAAUGUUCAAGCUUAUUUACCAGCUACAAAAAUCACUUGCAUCACAAUUGGUAAUGAAAUCUUAACCUUGAAUGACACAAGUCUAACAGACAAUCUCCUUCCUGCAAUGCAAGGCAUUCAGACAGCUUUAGUGAAUUUGGGACUUGAUAAGCAAGUCUCGGUUACUACUGCUCAUUCUUUGGCAGUUCUUGAUGUGUCAUUUCCACCUUCAGCUGGAUCUUUUCGAAAAGAUCUAGUGGGGAGCAUCACCCCCAUAUUGAAUUUCCAUGCCAAGACUAAUUCACCAUUUUUAAUCAAUGCGUAUCCCUUUUUCGCAUUCAAGUCUAACCCCAAACAAGUUUCUUUAGAUUUUGUGUUGUUUCAGCCAAAUCAAGGGGUUAUUGAUCCGAAAAGCAACUUCCAUUAUGAUAAUAUGCUGUUUGCUCAAAUUGAUGCUGUGUAUUCUGCAUUAGCAAGUUUAGGAUACAGUAAAUUGCCAGUUCACAUAUCAGAAACUGGCUGGCCAUCAAAAGGUGAUGAAGAUGAAGUAGGAGCAACCCUCGAAAAUGCUAAGAAAUAUAACGGGAACUUGUUUAAGACAAUUUGUCAAAGGAAGGGAACUCCAAUGAGGCCUAAUACAGAUUUGAACAUUUAUGUUUUUGCUUUGUUUAAUGAAAACAUGAAGCCUGGACCAACUUCUGAGAGGAAUUAUGGGUUGUUUAAGCCUGAUGGAUCGCCAGCUUAUUUGCUUGGAAUUAAUGGAACUGAUGCUAUUAGCACUAACUCCACCCCCACCACUGCCACCACCACCACCACCACUCCUGCACCGCGGUCACCGGAGAGUUCUUCAACUGGGUAUUUGUCAAUUUCUGCUGCUGUAAAGGGAAGAUGGAUCAGUUGCAUAGGCCAGCUACUGUUUCCAUUGCUGUUGUUGAGCUGCUUGGCCUUUAGACUAGCAUUUUGAAUUGUGCUUUGCUUUCCAAGCCCUUGGUAAAAAAAAAAAAGAAUCAGCCGUUAAAGCAAAAAUGGAUGAAAAGCAGGGAUUUGGAGAGAAUAAGAGGCAACUUCGUAGCUAGGGAAAGGGGAUGAUGUUUCCAUGCCUCAAUAAUUUUAGUUUGCUAGGUUUGCUGAUGGAGAGUUUGGUAGAUCAGGGAGAGAGAAAGAGUGGACUGCAUUUGUUGCUUCAGAUAGACUACUGAUGAUUAAUUUGCUGUAGUUGUAUUCCAUCUCCUUUAUUUAGUGUGGAUGAGUAUUUAUUAAAUUUUUUAUGCCCAGAA